UAUCAAACUCAAAACCAAUACAUUUCACACAUAAUCGCUCUCCUCUCCGGCUCUCCCACAGAAUCCCAACCUCAUGGAUUCUCCAGCAAACACUCUCCAUCAACCCCUCAUAAAAUCCAGUGACCCACCAUCGCCAUCAUCUCCACCGUCCGCAGCCGAGGACCUCCAAUCCAGCAAUCAGCUAGAGAGCAUCCUCUCCGACACCCAACUACCUUACUUCCAACGCCUCCGAUCGGCGACAUGGAUCGAGCUAAAGCUCUUGUUCUACCUCGCCGCUCCGGCCGUCACCGUCUACAUGAUCAACUACCUCAUGUCCAUGUCUACACAGAUCUUCUCCGGCCACCUCGGCAAUCUCGAGCUCGCCGCAGCUUCGCUCGGCAACACCGGCAUCCAGAUCUUCGCGUACGGACUCAUGCUAGGCAUGGGAAGUGCGGUGGAGACGCUCUGCGGUCAGGCUUUUGGGGCCCGCAAGUUCGAUAUGCUCGGCGUCUACCUCCAGCGAUCAACGGUCCUCCUUUUGUUAACGGCGAUCCCGCUCACCGUAAUCUACAUCUUCAGUAAACCCAUUCUCAUACUUCUCGGAGAGUCUUCGAAAAUCGCUGCUGCAGCUGCUGUCUUUGUCUACGGCCUUAUACCGCAGAUCUUCGCAUACGCCUGCAACUUCCCAAUACAGAAGUUUCUGCAGGCACAGAGCAUCGUCGCUCCCAGCGCUUACAUAUCGGCCGGCACGCUCGUGCUGCAUCUGUUCCUGAGCUGGAUCGCGAUCUACAAGAUCGGCCUUGGGUUGCUUGGAGCGUCGCUCGUGCUGAGCCUUUCUUGGUGGAUCGUCGUCGGCGCUCAGUUCGUUUAUAUCGUGAAGAGCGAGCGGUGCAAGUUCACUUGGGCGGGUUUUUCGUUGCAGGCAUUCUCCGGGUUGCCGGACUUCUUCAAGCUUUCUUUGGCGUCAGCGGUGAUGCUGUGCUUGGAGACGUGGUAUUUUCAGAUACUGGUUUUGCUUGCUGGGCUGCUGGAGAAUCCAGAACUGGCGUUGGAUUCUCUCUCUAUCUGCAUGACAAUCUCUGGCUGGGUUUUCAUGAUUUCUGUCGGAUUCAACGCCGCUGCCAGCGUGAGGGUGAGCAACGAGCUUGGAGCAAGACAUCCCAAAUCCGCAGCGUUCUCCGUUGUGGUAGUGAAUGUUAUCUCAUUCAUCAUUUCUGUGAUUGCGGCCGUGAUCAUCCUGGCCCUACGUGAUGUGAUCAGCUAUGGCUUCACCGAAGGAAAGGCGGUCGCAGAUGCGGUCUCCGAUCUCUGUCCAUUGCUGGGCCUCACCCUGAUCCUCAAUGGCAUCCAGCCUGUCUUGUCCGGUGUGGCCGUUGGAUGCGGAUGGCAAGCAUUUGUGGCGUACGUGAACGUUGGAUGUUAUUACAUCGUUGGUAUACCGUUGGGUUCAUUGCUAGGCUUCUAUUUCAAGUUGGGAGCUAAGGGAAUAUGGUCAGGGAUGAUAGGUGGAACGGUGAUGCAGACCAUCAUUUUGCUGUGGGUCACUUUCCGAACCGACUGGAACAAAGAGGUUGAGGAAUCCUUGAAGAGGUUGAAUAAAUGGGACGACGCAAGUAAGCCAGCACCCAUAAGCAAGGAAUGAAGAACAAGGUGCUAAAGGAUCAUCCCAUCAUGAUCGACCGUAGAUAGUGGGGCCCACCAACUUCACAUCGAGACCUUUCAUCAAGCACUACUUCUCAUUGUUUCUAAUCGAAUUACCUUCUUUGGCCCCCCUUGCCCAUUUCUUGUGGGGCCAAUUUUAUGAAGAGGUUAUCAUGGCAUUGGUUACAUGAAUUUUAAUUACCCAUACGGGUCCCUUGAAAAAUGGUUUAGUCCAAUAAUUCCAAUUUUCUCUUGCGUCA